AUGCCUGUUGCUUUAGCCCCCGGAAUGGGCCUUAACGCAUACUUUACGUACCAAGUCGUAGGAGUAGGAGGGACCGGCCCUGUUCCGUACCGAAUUGCUCUGACGGCGGUUUUCGUUGAAGGAUUCAUCUUCCUCUCCCUGGCACUAACCGGCAUGCGCCAAUGGCUCAUCCGCAUCAUCCCGGGGACCCUGAAGACGGCAAGUGGUGUUGGCAUAGGCAUGUUUCUUGCCCUGAGCGGCAUGUCCUACACGUCUGGCAUCGGUAUUAUCACGGCCGGUGGCGUAGCGACACCCCUCACGAUCGGAGGCUGUCCUGUGGAAGAUCUCGAUAUCGACGGGACCUGCAUGGCAAACGGGAUGCGGAGCCCAAAGAUGUGGCUUGGUAUCGUUAGUGGACUCAUCACUGCCCUUCUCAUGGCAUUCCGUGUCAAGGCCGCUAUCAUCGUCGGUAUCGCCAUCACAACUAUUAUAUCUUGGCCCCGCAACACGUCUGUAACCUACUUCCCUUACACAGACGAAGGUGAGGCGCGAUGGGACUUCUUCAAGCAGAUUGUUGCGUUCACUCCCAUCAAGCACGUCCUUGCGGCCCAGCAGUGGGAUCUGAGCGGUGCCAACGGUGCGCACUUUGUCAUGGCCCUUUUCACUUUCCUCUACGUUGACAUUGUCGACUGUACUGCAACGCUCUACUCCAUGGCGCGCUUCAGUGGUAAGACCGGUUCCGAUGGCGACUUUCCACGCUCCACAAUUGCCUACUGCACAGAUGCGGCAUUCAUCUCAAUCGGCUCUAUUUUCGGAUGCUCCCCGUCGACCGCCUUUAUUGAAAGCGGUGCCGGUAUUACUGAAGGUGGCCGCACGGGUCUAACCGCCAUUGUGACCGGCCUCUGUUUCAUCAUAUCCGUCUUCUUUGGCCCCAUUUUCGCCUCCAUUCCGCCCUGGGCGACUGGGACAACACUGAUAUUGGUAGGUUGUCUCAUGAUCCGGCAGGUGACGUUUAUCAACUGGAGCUACAUUGGUGACGCCAUCCCAUCAUUCAUCACCAUUGUGUUUAUGCCCUUUAGCUACAGCGUAGCAUACGGUCUUAUGGCUGGCCUCUUCGUCUACGUUACCCUGAACAGCCUCAUAUGGGUUGUGAUGCGGGCAACUGGAGGGACCGUCGAGCCGCGCGAGUACGAUCUCAAGGAAUAUUGGACGUGGAAGCCGGCAGGUAUGAAACCAGCCGUGUUCCGUCUAUUUACGCGAGACCGGUACUGGGGUGACAAGGAGAGUCUGCACGAAGACGACGAUGCAUUCAUCUUCCCCGACGAUAGCAACGCGCAACCACUGCACGAUCUACAGACUACGUCGGCGCCUUCGCCGGCCGAGAAGAGCCCUAGUUCAAUCCAUUCCACAAUUGAGCCGCCGCCUAAAGCUAUCGUUGCAAGUCACCCGCACGCGUGA